AUGAGCGACGCACGACCCACUGGCACAGAAAAUGUCAGAUUAGUCGGCAGCGCAACCCAGCAUUCAGAAAAUGCAGAAGAUGAUUUGGCAGCCAUGCCUUUCGUUUCGAACCAAGAAUCGGCUCAGAGAGAAGUCAACACCGCUUCUCCUGGCCGCAGGGAACGAUCGCCGCCGUUUAUCUCAUACAUCCAAGAGCCCGUGGUGGAAGAAGACUGCGAGGACCUUAUUGUUUGCCGCUGCCGGUCAUGUAUGCAAGAUGACCCCAUUUACAUCCCCGAGGACGCACAGAGACGAUGGGAUCUGUAUGAACGCGACAUCAAAUCAACAAUGCAGGAGAUCGCAGGGAUGUGGCAUUAUCUCGAUCUCGGCGAUUGGCCACCCCCUCUUUAUUACUUCCGCUUUGCAGAGGAGCUGAUAAUCGAAAACUCGGACACCUGGGAGGAAGGCGAGAUCUUGCUCACGCACAAGCUCAACACCCAUGAGAGAUAUCUAUCAGAGAUCAAUCAGGCGAUUGCAAUGAGCCCUAUUUCCAACGGACUCCUGCUAGAUCGUCGCAUUGAGAACACCAUGCACCGUGGCAAACUUCGUGAAGCAAUUGCCCUGCUCGACGAGAAAAGGUUUAUGUUCCGCGACAGGAACGGGCAAACGAUUGCAGCAGCUCCCACUGCAAAUGCAAUCUCCCGUGAUGAUCAGGAACCAGAGGAAUCACCCCUAUUUCAGUUGCCGGGACCAAGCCGCUCAAUUCCAAUUAUUGACCCAAGUACCGGAGAAGAAGUCGGAAUAUCUUCUAUGACACAAAGUCCGGAUUCAGGCUAUCACAUCAUAAUCAAUCCCAUCACUCCCGCGUCAGCUGCAGCGGCAAACGAAUGUUGUGGCCAUUCAGAACAUGGUGACACCCGCUACCAUCAUGCAGCUAGCCGUCACAUCUCGCGUGACUCUGAAGAAACUUUGGUAUCGCCGAACGCCGAAGAACAUGCACAGGUCGUCACGCCUGACUCUGGAGAAACACUGGUGCCUUUUACCGGCGAGGAAGAUGAAUUUCAUCCACGCGACUCUUCAUUAAAAUUUGUGAGGUCAACUGAGGAGAGAGCUGAGCAGUCUACUUUGCAUCAUUCUGGAGAGGGACUGAGGUCGUUCAAUGGCUCAAUUGGAAGUUUCAGUGAGAGCGUACGCCGCCAGCAAGCUCGGGUACAAGAUUAUGAAGACGUAUCGUUGCUUGUCGAAGACUUCGAUAGAGUCUUGAAUCUGCACAACGGCGUGCAUUCCUUGCCUCGGAACUUUGCUAUGGCUUCUGAUGACAUACCGUGGGAUGCUGAAGACGUCUGGGAUUUGGCGUUCAAUCCAGGCAACAGGUGGCAUUCUUUGCCUUGGAACUUUGGAAGGGAUUCAGUGCCGGGGAUACUCGAUUUCUUUCACCAGAACCAUCGGAGAAAUGUGAAUAACGGGGAUAAUGAGGCCGUUCGGACCACUGAUGCAAGCACGACUUCGCCUGUUGAUUGGGACGAUAUUAUGAGGCUGACGUGCCCUUCUCCCACCCCGUCGGACCCCAAUGACGACUGGAAUCUCGGUAGGGCAGAUGUGAGCGUUCAUUCGACUCCUCAACCCUCUAAUUCUGAGGCUGCCCCGCAAGUUGAGCCUAAUGGGGGAUAUUUGCCGAGCACAUCAAUGAGUGGUACUCACGAUAUACGCGCAACCAACACGUUCCCUCAGCCAAUGUCUGAAGCGAACGCAAAUGCGGGCGACUCAGACGUGAACACUCCCUUGGGAAACGAGGGCCCCGAGGCUUGGACAGAUGAUUCUCCGCUGUCACCAUCGCAGCCAUUGGCAGUGGUGAAAUUCCCAGACAAUGAUCUUCGUGUGCCUCGCUCGAACCAAGAUGGGUCUCUCAACAUGGGCCCUGAGGCUAGGGUAGUUGAUUCUCCGCUGCCACCAUCGCAGCCAUUGGUGUUGGCGACAAUUCCAGAUAAUGACCUGCGUGUGCCUCACCCGAGCGAAGAUGGGUACGUCGAUAUGGAUGGACCAAGAGAAGUCUCAGGUCGUAGUUGCGAGUCGAGCUCUCAACGCCUGGACAGUCCCGAUGUAGCCACUGCCGAGUCCACUGGUUCACGGACAGUUGUGAGAUUUCAGGGAUCCCAUCGCCGUCGUCACAACGCUCGCGCUAGUCUUGUUGCUUCUCUGCAGCACUUUUUGCCUUUCGUCACAUUGAGGGAUGGAGGAAGCAUGGCUGCUGCGUUUGGGUUCACUGAGCCGGACCGUGUGGCUGGCAGAUCUCAGCGUCUGUGGAUUAUGACACGAUUGAAUCGACACUCCGAUGGACACUUCACUGCAGCGGCGCUUGUUAACACGAGCCGAAUCAAUGCACAGGCUCAGCAGGACUGGUUGCGAAUUGAGUUCCCGACACUGUGA